AUGGUUUUUGUUUGGGUUUUGCAGAACUUUGACAAGUUGAAUGUGAGGACUGCACACUACACACCCCUUCCUUCUGGUUGUAAUCCUUUAAAAAGGGAGAUCGCUGAGUAUGUAAGAACGGGCUUCAUCAAUCUGGAUAAACCCUCCAACCCUUCCUCCCAUGAGGUGGUGGCCUGGGUCCGCCGCAUCCUCCGAGUUGAGAAGACUGGGCAUAGCGGUACACUGGACCCCAAAGUGACAGGGUGUCUGAUUGUGUGCAUUGAGCGAGCAACGCGAUUGGUGAAGUCUCAGCAAAGUGCAGGCAAAGAGUAUGUGGGAAUCGUUCGGCUGCACAAUGCAAUUGAGAGUGAGGUUCAGCUUUCAAGGGCUAUAGAAACGCUGACAGGGGCCCUCUUCCAGCGGCCCCCCCUCAUUGCUGCAGUGAAGAGGCAACUUAGAGUCCGGACCAUCUAUGAGAGCAAAUUGAUAGAAUAUGAUCCUGAAAGAAGAUUGGGCAUCUUCUGGGUGAGCUGUGAAGCUGGGACCUACAUCCGAACAUUGUGCGUCCACUUGGGCUUAUUGUUAGGCGUUGGGGGACAGAUGCAGGAGCUUCGGCGAGUCCGCUCUGGGGUCAUGGGAGAAAAGGACCACAUGGUGACCAUGCAUGAUGUGCUGGAUGCUCAGUGGCAAUAUGACAACAACAAGGACGAGACUUACCUCAGAAGGGUGAUCUUCCCCUUGGAGAAGCUGCUGACGUCCCACAAGCGGCUGGUGAUGAAAGACAGCGCGGUGAAUGCCAUUUGCUACGGUGCCAAAAUCAUGCUGCCCGGCCUGUUGCGGUAUGAAGAUGGCAUAGAAAUCAACCAGGAGAUUGUCGUUAUCACCACUAAAGGAGAGGCCAUCUGUACAGCCAUUGCCCUCAUGACGACUGCGGUGAUCUCCACCUGCGACCACGGCGUUGUGGCGAAGAUCAAGCGUGUGAUCAUGGAACGAGAUACCUACCCUCGCAAGUGGGGGCUUGGCCCAAAGGCUUCUCAGAAAAAGAUGAUGAUCAAGCAAGGCCUUUUGGACUCCCACGGCAAGCCAAACGACAAAACCCCACAGUCCUGGAAGAAGGACUACGUGGACUACAGUAGGGCUGCUGCAAAGGAGAAGGUAGCAGAGGAAGCUGUCAAAGCGGAGCCAGAGAGAGCAACGAAGAGAAAAAGGGAGCCAGAGAGUGAUGGAGAACCCGGAGAGGCAGCCUCUACUCCCUCAACUUCUCCAGAGCCGCAGGCAGAGAUCAAGAAGAAGAAAAAGAAGAAGAAAGAGAAGAGGAAGAUGGAAUCUGCUGAGAGUAGCGGCGAGGUGACUGAAAUGGUGAGUGACACAAGCGUGAAGAAGAAGAAAAAGAAGAAGAAAAAAGAAGAAGAAGAAAUAGAGGAGAGUUCAGCAUAACCAGCUUGAGCAGGGAACCUGGACCAGAUGAGGAAAGGAGGAAUCCAAAAUGGAAGCUGCAGACCGGAUCAGCUUGCAGAGACUCAGCUUCUCCAGCGUAUCACAUACCUGGCAAGUUCCCUCUGUCCUGUUGUAAGGACAGCCAAAGGAACUGGGGCAGCAGAGCUCCCCCACAGACUAUGCUGUUUCUGCAGGGAGAAUUGCGAUGAGCUGAGAGGCUCUUGUGUGUGUGGGGAUGGGGAGGGGGUAAUAAGGGAAAGCUCUUGAAUUUGCCAGCAGCUGCGGAGUCCCUGCUCUCCCCCUCUUCUCCCUGUUUGGCAAUUUCUUCUGUAAUGUCUGCUGGGUGGCCUCAGCCGCUUUGCUGUUGGUUGGGGGCAAAGAACAAAGAGAGGCUGUCGGAUGUCCAAAUUAUUAGAAACUCUUGUUAGUUUUCAUCCUUUCCUUGUGAUUUCCUUUUGCUUGCCUUGACUCUCUACUGAACCGAGUCCAAACAUUUCCCUCUCAGGGUACCCCCUCCCCCCCCCCCCCGGAUUGUUUUUUAAGCAAAAAAACUCCUUUUGUUAGCAAAAACGUAAACUUUGGUUAUGACAAUGCCAGGGUCUUGUUUCCCUCGCCUAUCCUUUGCAAGCUCCCCUUUUUUUUGGUCCCAAUCACCCUUGUCCAGGUUAUCCUGUCAGGUACCUUCCUGUUCUGGCUGGGCCCAGUUGGAAAGGGAAUCUAAAGCUAUGCACAGGCAAAAGUUUGCUUAUCCGCCAGUCCUGAUCCCAGAACAAAAACAGGAGGACUGUUCUGACUGAGGAGGGGAGGCAGAGCAUACUGCUUCGCUCGUGCCCGUCUGCAGAGGUUGGUGUCUUCUGAACGCUGCUGUCACUAUCUGGGGCCCAGGUAAUGUAGGCCCUUGUUUUCCCCUCUCCAUUGCUGGACAGAGCACCAAAGUUGAGUUUUAAAAGGAGGCUAUUUUUUAUAUUAAAAACUGCUAUAAACAUC